AUGACCACUGCAAACGGUGAACACUCCUCCACCGGGGCUCUGGACCCCUCCCAGUUCCGUGUGGCCAUUGUUGGGGGUGGCAUUGGCGGACUCACCACAGCGCUCAGCCUUGCGACUUACAGUCCUGAACUACCAGCAAGCAACAUCACGGUCUAUGAGCAAGCUCCAGCGUAUAGUGAGAUUGGCGCUGGUGUCGGUAUAGGUGUCUCGGCCGGCCGAGUGCUACAGAAGCUUGGAGUGUGGCCUGCGGCGAAUGCCAUCUCGGGCUAUCGAAACAAUGUGCAUCGGAGCAAUCGUCGUUGGGACACGGACGAGCUGAUUGUGGACGCCUUAGCCUUUGACAAUGGCGGUGCCGAGGAGGUAAGACAGCUGUGGGUACAUCGUGCCGAGUUUCUGGAGGUCCUGUACAGUGAGAUUCAGCGCAGGAACUGUGCUACGCUGAAAACCGAUAAGAGGCUUGUCGGGCUUGAGAACAAGGGCUCUACGGUCACUCUUCGCUUUGCUGAUGGGACAGAGGAGUCGGCGAAUCUUGUCAUUGGAUGCGACGGCAUUCACAGCACCGUCCGCUCCCAGUUUGCAGUGGAUAAACCCGUGUACUCUGGCCGGAUAGCGUUUAGAGGCACAAUACCUCUAUCUGCUGUGUCUGACGACUGGCCCUACUCGUCCUGGACACUCUCAUGGCUAGCCCCCAACAAGCAUUUUCUGGCAUUCCCCAUGUCACAAAAUCGGCUCAUAAACGUCGUCGCGUUUGUUUCAAAGCCAGAGAGCGAGCUCGACGGGCUCAAGGAGAGCUGGAGAAGUGAAGCACCACGAGAAGCUAUCGAGAAAGAAUAUGCCGGCUGGAAUCCGACCGUCCAGAGGAUCAUUCAAGCCAUGCCACCUAUCAUAAGCCAGUGGAAAAUUAACGACCGGGAGAUUCUGUCGCAGUGGUGCUACAUGGAUGGCAAGGUCGUCCUCAGUGGUGACGCCGCACAUGCAAUGCUACCCAUGCAAGGCUCUGGGGCGGGUCUCUCCAUCGAAGAUGCCAACAUGCUCGGCUUUGCAGUGCGGGAUUACCUGAAGAACCCAGGCGUUGGACUCGCCACAUAUGUCAACCUGUACCAGACGGCACGCGUGCCACGGGCGCAGAAAGCCCAGAUCACCUCGCGGCAGGCGGCGGAAGUUUACGACAUGCACGGCCCGGAUUUUGAAGGGAAGACGUUUGAAGAAUGUCUCCCGGUAGUGCGGGACAAGGUCAAGGAUCGUAUGGCUUGGGUGUGGAAGUCGAACUUGGAAGCAGACUGGGCGGCGGCAAAGGAGAGCAUUGGGCUUGCAUAG